UGUCCUUGAGAAUUUAUUUACACACGAAAGUUAGUUCAAGCAGAAGCAGACAUGGAGAAACAGAGCACUUCUUGGAUUCGAGGUUCUUGUAUCGGAAGAGGAUGCUUCGGAACAGUAAGCAAAGCCGUGAGUAAAAUCGACGGCGGAGUAUUCGCCGUGAAGUCAGUAGAUCUCGCCACGUGUCUUCCUUCUCAGUCCGAGUCGCUGGAGAACGAAAUCGCGAUCCUCAGCUCUCUCAAGACUCACACGCACAUCGUGAGAUUCCUCGGCGAUGACGUGUCCAACGAGGGAACGACGUCGUUUAGGAAUCUCCACUUGGAGUAUUCGCCGGAAGGUGACGUGGCUAACGCUGGUAAAAUCGCAGACGAGGAAACUCUCCGGCGUUACGUCUGGUGUCUCGUCUCUGCUCUCGGCCACGUCCACGCUAACGGAGUCGUCCACUGCGACGUGAAGUCGAAGAACGUUCUCGUCGUCGACGGCGGAAGCUCCGUUAAGCUGGCGGACUUCGGCUCGGCGAUGGAGUUGGGGAAACCGACGGGGGAGAUUGCUGCGCCGCGUGGAAGUCCGCUCUGGAUGGCUCCGGAGGUGGUGAGGAAAGAGUAUCAAGGACCUGAGAGCGACGUGUGGUCUCUUGGCUGUACGGUCGUCGAGAUGCUCACCGGGAAACCAGCGUGGGAAGAUCACGGUUUCGACUCGCUGAGUCGAAUCGGGUUUUCAAACGAAUUGCCGUUUGUUCCGGCGGGUGUUUCGGAGCUCUGCCGCGACUUCUUGGACAAAUGCUUGAGACGAGACAGGGGCCAGAGAUGGAGUUGCGAUCAGCUUUUGGAGCAUCCGUUUCUGUUAUGUCAAGAUCAUCGCUCGUUGUUAACUACCGAGUCGUCUCCGCGUUGCGUAUUGGACUGGGUCAGCUCGGAGUUCGAAGAUGAGGAAGAGAUCGGUGAGUCGAGAGUUGAAACCAUGGUCUCGGCGAUGGCAAGGAUAAGUAAACUAGCGACGACGGGAGGGGCAGUUUGGGAAUCUAAUGGUUGGAGUGAGGUUAGAGGCAAUGCUUCCGAAGAGUCAGGGGGGCAAAGGGCAGAUUCGGAAUUAAAUAUUUUACCGGAGUCUACCGAUGACGGCGGUACACGGACGAUGAAGGAAGACUCGGAGUUGACGUCGGUGAUAACGUGUGAGAUAUUGUUGUUGAUGUUGUUAUUGGUGGUAGAGAAUAUUCAGAUAUAUGCCACGUUUUACACCAGUGUAUUUAUUCGUAUUCUAUUUCGUUGUUAUCAUCAUCAAAAUAAUAAUAAGAUGAAGUUGCGCAAAAAUCUCUCGUUCAUUCUCAGCCUUAACUUUAUGUUCGGUAUUGCAUGUGAUUCGGAUCGGUCUAUCUAUAUCUCGAGAACUCUUUUACGUGGUGUGAUGAGAGUCCUAACUCGUUACCUCCUUUUGUUGAUAACUCUCACUUGCACAAACCAAUCUUGGUUUGGUAGCUUCUUGGCCAAAUAUUUUUAAAGGUCGUUCGAGAGG